CUCGUGCUGUGGGUUGGAUGGAAUGCAUUCAUCAUCUGUUUUUACCUGGAAGUAGGACACCUUUCACAGGACCGAGACUUCAUCAUGACCUUUAAUACUUCGCUGCAUCGUUCAUGGUGGAUGGAGAAUGGGCCUGGUUGCCUGGUGACCCCCAUCAUGAACUCUGACCUGGCCAUCGAGGACCAUCAUGUCAUCACAGUCACUGGGUGCUUGCUGGAUUACCAGUAUAUCGAGGUGGUGAGCAGUGCGAUGCAGAUAUUCCUUGCGCUCUUUGGAUUUGUCUACGCCUGCUACGUCAGCAAAGUAUUUAUGGAAGAAGAAGACAGCUUUGAUUUCAUCGGAGGAUUUGACUCGUACGGCUAUCAGGCUCCACAAAAGAUGUCACACUUACAGCUACAGCCUUUGUAUACCUCUGGAUAACAUUUAACAUCACUCGCCCAUGAACCGGCGUUUGGGAUCUGUGAAACAGCAAAAGGCAAGCAGGAUGCCGAAUCAGACGUAUUCAUCUGAAGGCAAACGGUGGAUACCCCUGCCAGAGAUUUGUGUGACCAGAGGACUGUUGGGAGACAGCGCGUGGACUCCAUCUUGCUUUCUCGGUUGCUUGUUUUUUGAACUCUUCCACAGAGUCACAAGAGCAUCCAUGCAUUAUGCUAAGAUUGUGGCGACAGGAGUUUUCCCAUUCGCACGCUCACAGAUCAAACUGUUCCACUCAGGAACCGAAAAGCAGCACAACUCUCUACCUGCUGGCCAGUGUUUGCGUGCUCCUGAUAACUCCAUCUAGCAAAGAACCUCAAGCUUAGGGCAAUAUUAUUUUUCAGGGAAGGGCAAGGAAAAAUGCCAUUUCUAAGGAGGAUCUUUUUCAGUGAAAAAAAAAGUAGAAG